AUGGCGCCUGGAAAUAAUUUGAACAAUUCAAAUAAUGUUAUUCUGCCUAAAAAAAAGGCUUUUUAUUUAAAACAAGAGAAAAAAGGUGCAUUUGCGGCUGUAUUAAUUUCUGGAAUUAUAAUUGCUAUUUUUGUGGUGUAUUAUUCGAUACUAGGGCAAGAAUCACGAAAAAAAAAUUCAUUACAACUUAUUAUUGCUGUAAGUAAAUCUUAAGCAACAAUUUAUCAAAAUAAUACAAAAUUGUUAAAUGAACUGAUUUUUCUAGGUCUUUAGACAAGGAGACCGAAGUCCACUGAAAUGGGAAACGUAUCCUAAUGACAUGUAUCCGCCUAUGGGCGAAGGACUUUGGCCAGACGGUCUUGGACAGUUGACUAAUGUAAGAAAUUACAUGUUUUUAGUAUAUCAAAUGUAGGAUAUUAUGGCAAUGAGUGAUUAAAAAAUAGACUGGCUUGCCUUACCGGGUCUUGAACUAAUAUAAAUAUUAUCCAUGUUUAUGUUUUAUUUUUUCAAUUUUAAUAAUAAGUAAUACUACAAAUUAGCAUAAGUACAGUAAUUUUAUUAAAAAGUAUAUUAUACCAUUGUUGCUUUUGUUUUUAUCAAGGUAUUUUAUAAUACCCACCUUCAAUAAUCAUUUGUGCUAUUUAUUUUUUUAUGGGGUAUUUCAAAGUAAAUAUUUGCAAUUAAAAUGAUACAUACUUACCAAUCAUAAACUAUUUUAAACAGAAAAUUUCUUUUAGGUUUAAUUUUGGUGAAUGAAAACCAUUUUCUAUGCACAAUUCUGUAAAUGAUAACAAUUUUAAAUUUAUAGUUUUAACUGUUAUAAGUAGGUUUUAUAUCUAAAAUAAAUACCUAAUACCUUUGGGUAUAGGCUCAUAACAACUCAACAUAAAAAUAUUACUAUAUGCUAUUAUAUUACUAUAAUGCCUAGGUACUUAUAACAAUUAAUUCAUUAAUUGUUUAACUAUUUAUUUAAAUAAUAUAAUUUACACUUGCAAUAAUGUUUAUUAUAUAUUUGUUUUGAAGGCAGGCAAAUUAAAGUCCUAUGAAUUUGGAAAACUGUUUCGAAAACGGUAUACAAAAUUUCUUCCAGUUGCUUACAAUAGUAACUUAUUUCAUAUAAAAAGUACAGAAUUUGAUCGUACAGAAAUGACAGCUUCAGUAUUUUUAGCGGGAUUAUUUCCGCCACCGGAAAAUCAAAUUUGGAACAAAGAUUUGCUGUGGACACCUGUACCAAUCUAUUCAAUAUCUCCAAAUGAAGAUAAUGUUAAUUUUAAUUUUAGAUUCUGAGCGGUAUUAGGAAAUUAUUAUAUUUUUUCCUCAGAAGUCCAAAGAUGUAUUUUGUUUUAUAUUAUAAGUGAAGUAUUAUUAAUACAUAGUAUUAUCAAAAUGUAAAAUCUAAAAAAUUUCGAUUUUUUAAAUAUUUAAGAUUUAAAAAUUUGAAUCUCGAAAUAUUUAACUGUAAAUGACCAUUUUCUAAAAAAUACUAAACUUUUUUAAAUGAAGUAAUUUUUUUUAAUUUUAAUUAACAAAGAGAGUUAUCUAAUUAUUAACUAAAUACUUAAACCCUGUUUCCUAUCCGCUUUUUAAAAAUAUAAAGCUAGGUAAUAUAUAAAAUAAUUGAACAAAAAUAAUUUUUACUUUUUUUUUUUAGAUACUUAGAGUUACAAAACCAUGCCCUGUUUACAAUGUAGAAUUUGAAAAAGCAAAAAAUGCAACCGAGAAACAAAUGUUGUUCAAAUAUAAAACAUUUUUCAGUUAUUUAUCUAAUCACACGGGUAUGGAAAUACAACAUCUUUCAGACGUUGAAAAUAUAUUUAAUUCAUUAACUAUUCAGGUAAUUUAUAAUGAUUAUAAUAAUAAUAAUAAUUGGUUACAGACACAUCCAAAUAUACCCAUUUGUGAAAAUCUAAGGUGUAGAUGAAUAUAACCAUUACAUAAAUCAUCAAACUGUAAAAAAGCAUUACAUUUUAAAUAGAUAAUAAAGGUAUAAAUGGUUUUAAGAAUAUAACUGAUGAACAAUAUUUAUGAAUCAAAUAAAAAUAAAUAAAGUCAAAAUGUAUAUGUAUUUAAUAUAGAAAAAGAACUAAGCCUGGAAUAAUAUAAAGGUUGUACUGGUAUUGGUCAUAUUUACACACAACCUUAUAUAAUUUACAUAUAUAUAACUUUUUAUUUAUAUUUUAUUGAGUAUUAAUUAAAUAGUUCUCAAUUUAUAUGCUUAUCUAAUAUUUGAGUAUUUAAAAAUAAUAUACAAUAUAUAUACAUGUUAGCAUAUAUUGGGUACAGAAGAUAACGUUUUACCAAUCUUGCACCCCCCCUCCUAUAAAGCUUUUGUGGCAUGUCUAUAAAAUGAUUAACAUUUUUAUAAUUUUAUAGCAAAGAAAUCAUCUAACUUUACCAUCAUGGAUAAAAGUAAAAAAUUACAUGGAUUUUAUGGAAGAGAUAGUUUUAGAAUGGUUAAUUACUUAUUCAAAAACAGAUUUAAUGAAAAAACUAAGGUCAGGUAAACUUAUUGGAGAAAUAGUUAGACUGAUGAGAGACAAAAUGGACGGAAGAUUAAAUCCAGAUAGAAAAAUGUUUGCAUACUUUAGUCAUGAGCAGACCUUGAUAGAUCUUUUACAUACACUGGGAAUGAAAAAUCUUUUUAAACCAGGUUAUGGAGCCGCAGCUUUUAUAGAACUACACAAAAUCAAAGGAGAACAUUAUGUAAAGGUAAAUAAUAUAAAAUCGAGGAUAAUUUUAUUUUAAACAUUGAAACAUGUGAAAUUAUUGCAUUUGAACAAUGAUACUGAAUAGAGUUUGGGAAUUAAAAUUUUGACUUAAUGGAUUUCUCCUCAAUUUUCAGAUUUUUUAUUUAUAAUAUUCCAUAAAACUUUUUUAUAAUAUCUAAGAAUAUGACAAAUAAUACUUUUGUGACAUUUUUUGAUCGUCUUACAGAGUGUUUUCUGUGAAAAUAAAAGUAAUAAGAAAACCAUACACAAUUGGAAAACUAAUAAACUUAUCUUUUAUUUUCUGUUCAGAAUUACUAAUUCAGUUUACUAAGAAAAAAAAAUAAUAUUAUAAAGUAUGUAAAUAUUUAUUAAUUGUCACUUAUUAUUUUAUUUUUCAAGAUAAUCUAUUCAAAAACGUACGAUACUAAGGAAUUUCUGUCUUUAGAAAUGAAAGAUCAAACAAAUUUUUUGCCAACUCUAGAAGAUUUCAUAAUAGCAAUGGAAAAUUAUGUACCGAAAAAUUGGGAUAGAGAAUGUCAGCUUAAAUAG